AUGGUCGAUUUUGGUGCAUAUCUACAACAUGCACCGCACUCUUCCUCUCUUGCCCCUAUAGACGACGCAGCCCUGAGCGGCAAAGACGAGGAGUGUCUAUGUUCCACUUGGUCAAGCAACGAAGACCUCAAAGAGAAUCAGAAGACGUACUGGGAUGAUGUCCCUCCUAGCAAAGAAUUUGCGGAUCUACAGCUCCAGCUCUGCCCUCCUCGAAUGGAGUUGAACAUUGCAUUAGACGAGAAGCGCGAGGAGAAGGGGAAAUUCCUAAAGGACACACAGCAAAAGGCUAGUCGUGAAGCUUUCAGCAAGCUGCAGCUUGUUCCCUCACAAAAGAGGCUUGUGCAAGAUCUCGUUGAGAGCCACGCCCGCGAGGCUAUGAAUAUGCCACUCAUGGAAGAUAUUAUGAAAGGAAAAGGAAAAGGAUUGGUGAUACUACUUCAUGGCAAGUCGUAUCUGGUCGCUCGCCCUCCAGGAGUUGGCAAGACAUUGACAGCAGAAAGUGUGGCUCAACUGGCGGGAAAACCACUCUUCUCUGUGGGGGUCGCUGAUAUCGGGUUGAAUCCCGAGGAUGUUGAGAGAAACCUCGAGGCCUCGUUCAAGCUCGCUGCAAACUGGCGAGCCGUGUUAUUAUUAAUCCGUCAGCUCGAUAUUGCAGUCCAAUCCAGAGUCAACCUCGGCAUCAAGUACGGAGACCUCGAGAAGGAUCAGAAGUUGAACAUCAUCAAGAGCUUCCUAGGCCAGUUGUCAGCCGAGAGUUUAGAGAGCCAAGACAAGAUUAUGGAAUGGAUUGAUGAGGAGGAGGAAGGUAGGGAACAGAUCAAGCCACUCAACGGUCGCCAGAUCAGGAACAUUCUCUUCUCAGCGGCGUCGUUAGCAAUGAAAGACAAUACCCCACUGAAGUUGGACCAUGUCAGAAAGAUGAUGAGGGCCAGUUUCUUGCUCCACGACAGUAUCAAAACUGUCGUAGAAGAGGCGCGGGACAGGGCUGAGGCGAGAAGAACCUAA